CAAAUGAAGAAGACGACCGUGGUGUUGUUGUACGGUAAAGGACCUAUUUUGACAACUACAAAAGUACCAACAAGGCUCACCCGAACUAUUUUCGUAACAAUGAAGGUCCUUCUAGUUAGUGCGUUGGGUUGUCUGUUGGCUACAGCGACAGUAGUCGAAUCCUUUGCUCGAUCCUCCGUGCCGGGAAGAACUAGCCCGGUUGGCUCCAGGGCAUUCGCUCUUGGUAACUCUGCAACAGACGAGGCAACGACUGCGAAGGGAAGCGGUGGUGACGACACGGCACCCAACKGUUUGCUGAAACGUGAUCGCUACGUGGCUUCCAACCGAUUUGCGGUUCGUCCCGGGCGAGAAGCAAAAUUCGAAAAGCGCUGGGCCACCCGAAAGUCACGGCUGGCGGAACUCGACGGAUUYCGGUACUUUCAUCUGAUGCGCCGGGUCACCCUAAACGAYGACGACGACGGAUCAACGAGCUACGAUGGCGGCGAUGACAAGGAAUCGUCGCAGGGAAACUAUGUUUCUUUUACUGURUGGGACAAAAAGUCGGACUUUUCGGCCUGGAGAAAGGGGGACGCGUUCGUGGAAGCACACGGGGGGACCUCGAUCGGAGCCUUUGUCUCGACGAUGGUCAAUUCGGCCCUCGUGUUGAAAGGCCCUCCACGACCCGCCUUUUACGACGGCUUGCUGGUGCAGAGCGAAGAGCCGGAAUUUAUGCCCGAAACCGUGGAUGGUUGGAGAAAGAUCGACUUUCCGAACGAGGGAACCCUGCCGGCGGAAUGCUUUGUCGCAUGCAACCAAUUCUUUGUUCCCCGGGACAAUGCGGUGGCUUUUGAGCAACGGUGGAAAAAUCGCGAAUCGAAACUAAGAGACUGCGAGGGCUUUGUGGCCUUUUCUAUGAUGCGCCGGGACGGACAGGCCAAGGGACACGGCACCGUUGCAAUGGACGAGUCGGUCGAACCGACCUACCUAUCGACCACUAUCUGGAAGGAUCGGGCCUCCUUUCAGAAAUGGAGAGACGGAUCGAAUUUUUCCAAAUCRCACGGAAAGAAGGACGAAGGCGAGGUGAAAGGUCCGGUUGAAGCGUCGAAGAAAUCACCACCGCCACAGGCACAGGGGCCGCCGAUGUGGAGUCGCCCCCCCAAACCGAUCUUUUAUGAGGGAACUCUUGUCAUUUCGACUGCCGAUGGUGCCUAAGGAGUUGCAAUAUUGGUGGCAUAGCAUAAGCCGCUGCGUUUUCCGCGUCGUUUCAUUUUUUCCUGCGAUGUAUCAUUUUGUUCAACACAUUUUGUCUUUGCCCCUACAAAACGGUGAACACACCAAUUGUGCUACGGUAUACCGUUCGAUGACAGUUUGUUUAAAUUAGUGAACCUCCUAAAUAUAAUAAAAGUAUUCUA